AUGGCUCAAUACACCCCUUCCAACUCCGACUCGGUCACCUCCCGCUCAAAUUCACCACCUCAGACCUUGACGUCCGCCAUGCCGGGUCCCCAUGAGCUGGCCGCCAUGCGCGAGUUCAUCGACCACAUCGCAGGCGUGCUACCAGAGACCGGAUACGAAAAAGUCCUCCAAGACCGUGCUCGCCGUAUUCAGCGCCUGAGGUUUGCAGAUGAGAAGAGCAAGCAAUCUCGGGCUCUCAAAGAUGCUGUUGGCAAGAUCCAGAACGGAGCGUCAACGUUGUCGGAGAAGGUCAACGGACUCGUGUCUGGAGUCCCUGACUAUGGUCACUUGCCGGUUGCUGCUCCUGCCAACAAGGGAGAAGUCAUAUCGUGGUCGACUGACAACAACGAUCCCCAUAAUACAUGGGAGCAGCAGGACAACAUACCGUUUGGUGGCGACGAUAAUGAAGACCUAAGAAAUACAUGUCCUGCGGUGCUUGUGGCGGCCGAGGACAUACCAAUGCAGCUGGCAGCCCCAGCCCCAGCUGCCCUGGUGUCACAGACGAGAAGUUGUGGGGAGUUCCGUGCGGUCGGUGUGGCGGCUCAGGACAUCUCAUCCAUGAAUGCCCUACACCACCCGAGCAUGAUCCGCAAAAUAAUCGAUGUCAGUGCAAAGGGUGCCGUCUUCCGUCAGAUGAAGAGGUAG